AUGAGCCAAGGGAGGACUGGUGUGUGUGCCACAAAUAGCAAAGAGUGAGCCCUGUCUUUUACCACAAUUUGGAAUGAGGGGGGCAUACCUCGACCCCAACCGAGGAGGCAUGUGUGCGCAUUUAGACCGCUCCGUGUACAUCGUGGAAUUUCAAAACCGUUACUUUACAAGUACUCCUCAACUAUCCAGUUGAAACGGAUCUAUGGUAUAAACUCCACUUAUUUUUUUCUUUUCCCGAGGGAGUUUUAAUUUUGGGAACCAGUAGCCCUGUGUGUGACACUGUAAUCCAGCCGUCCGCACGGAAAGGAAGUUCGGCUACUGUUUACUUUUUUAUCAGAGUAGCCUAACCCAAACCAGGUGAAGUCUCCCCCCGGUGCGCGGCCAGCGCUCCGUAUAUAGUGGAAACCCUCUUUGUGGUCUGUAACCUAUUUCAGGGUCUGAAGUCUUGGUGAAGUUCUUCAUUUUUCUAACUUCAGUUUGGCUCUAUCUGUGUCUGACGGGAUGUUUUCAUGCGUCCUGCCUUUGGUUGUGGAUGGGAAUGGCAGUUUUCUGACAGCGCGCAAUAGCAGAGUCUGAUCUAGCCACAGUCAUGAUGUUCUGCUUCUCGAGAAUGUUUUUAAUCAUCUGAGGGGCACUCUUCCCCAAAGGAAGCGAGAGUGAAAACUUUCCCCAUCUCUCUCUGAACUCCAUAGUGUUCUAGGAUGUGAAAGUUGGACUGUGGCUCACUUUGAUCUAACUUCAUUCUCACGAAUAACGGAAUAACAACUUUGGGGAAAAGGUUUUGUUUGUUUGUUCCAGCUCACAAAUCAACACUCGAGUUUGCCAUAGUGACGAUUAUUGGACACCGUGGACCCUCCUCUGAAAUACCAACCAGGUCAUAUUUGAAAGAUCAAAUGCGGCACAAUGUUCCAGGUCUUUGUGUAUUCCUGAAGUGCGUGUUUCUACAGAUAGCCCCGCUGCUCUGUGUUCCUUCUAUCCGGCUGGGGGAGCAGCCAGAGUGGUGUGAGGUCUGAGUGGGACGCGGAGAAGAAAUAGUCUAAAUAUCUUCCCACAUGGUAUGCCUUUAUUCUUCUGCCAGCAAAGUUGGGAGUGAAACGGGGAUGUUUCUUCGGCGGCUCUGGACGCUCCGCCGCAGUUAUUGCUCUGGACGGUUAUUGCUCCUAGGGGUCGCGGUGUGUUUUUUCUACCAGACCCUGAUGGUGGCACGGAGUCGGUUCAAAGGCGACCCACCCGCGGCUGAUGAAGGCAACAAGUCAACGAUGACUGGAGCGUUGGAGGUAUUUGAUGAACUUCUGCAGGACCCUGCGAGGCUUAUUUCUACCUUGGAGGCUUUGGAAAGGGACAGAUAUGUCAAGGGGUCCAAUCAGAACCAGGCUGGGUGGGUCACACAAGCCGUGGUGUUGACGGGUCAGCACGUAGCCGCGGAUACGGAGGUCCAACUGUUCCAGCGGAUCCUGGAGCAGCGAGGCUACGAGGUCAGCCUGUCCCGAUACGCCGAGACCAACACCGCCCUGAGACACAACAGCGGUGGCAGUGUGGAGUGGAGUGUGUUGGUGUGUCUGAGCGGUUCGGAGAAGAGUUGUCUGAGGAGAGUGUCCUUCUCCCAUCUGCAGCCCCACCAGAGGGUCAACAUGAUACCUGGGCUGGUGGGGGCGUUCUCUGAUGUGGGCGGGCUCUGUCGCUUCCAGACAGACAGCCGGCUAGCAGGGCUGGCAUUACGCAUAAAUCCAUCUGCCUGUGGAUCGCCUCGCACCAAGCUGGGAGAUGUUCGUGAUGUGGCACAGGGUGAUUGGAACCCAGCUAUCACCACACUUAACUUGGUGAGCCCUGGCCUUGUUGCCACGGUAACAGUUUAUGUCCUGGUUACCUCGGUAACGCCGCUCACAGCCUUUCUUCAUCACACGGGCCUGGUCAGGACAAGCGAAGACACGGACAGCCACACCACACAGCUCAAGCUCUUUCUUCUCCAGCAGCUGGGUCCUGUUGCGUCCCACGAGGCAUUGGACCAGGUGAAGGAGGUCAUAGGUCAGGUGUUGAGGGCGGCAGCAUUGACCAAUGAGGAGCCUAGCUCUCGGCACAGGUGGUGUCUCCUGUGUUUCCAGCUGAUGACAUUCACUCUCCAGUUCAGUGGUUCCCUUCUACCUGUCAUAGUGAAGGCUGAGACUGACCUGCACUUUGAUGGGCUGAGGGACCCCGGGUUUGACGGACAGAUCACAAAAGAGUUCAUCCUGGAAGAUGCUCUUCUCUUCCUGCUCCCAGCACACAGUGGACAGGCCAGACGGAAGAGCCCCUCACACAGCGAGACAGACGAUGGACAGAGGUAUGGUGGCUGUGGGGGGACAUACGGUCUCUGUCUGCCAGAACACCAGACUCUCCUCCUCCUCCAGUUCCUCCGUCAGCUAAAGACACCAGGGCCAUUUGAACUGCUUUAUCCCGCAGCUUCUCCACAGCGCUCUCCUAUCCAAGACUUUCUGUUUCGAUGGUUCCCUAGAGCAGAGGAGUCUGGGAGUGGGCGACAUUUCUCAGCAUUGUUGGACAGAAUCUGUUCUCAUUAUACAGAGCAGAGGAACCAGACUUACAGGACCAAAGAGGCAGAGACACAGACCGGGUGGGACCAACACUCAGGCUCCCAGGACCUCCCUGGAGACAGAGAGCGUUGUGUGGACCCCCACCUCAGACAACUGUACACAGACCCCCCUCUGACCCUCAGCCCCCCCUUCAGUCCCUGGGUGAAGGACUACCGUGCUGAGGUCCCCUUUGACGUGGUGACCCUACGCCUCCGCCCUGAACCCAUCAGCCCAGCCUGUCACAUACACCUGGACGAGCACAGAGGACCUAGAACGGCAAACUACCCGGUCGGCCUGGGCAACAGCAUAAUCAACAUCCUAGUGACGGACGAGUCGGCCGCCACAGAGCCCGAGCCCGUCGUCAUGACAAUAUACACUCUACACAUGUACCGCGAGAGCCGUCCCAGCCUGCCCAUGUUUGGGGAGCAUGUGAUGUGUGGCUUCGUGCAGGACUGUGGCCUGGUGGUGCAACCAGAUCAGCCCUGUGGUUUGGAGCCCCUCCCUGGGCCACUCUCUCCAGGCGAGCCCCAUGCCCCAAAGCAGCCCUGCACCUCCGGGGAUGUACCAGGUCGUUGGGUGGUUCCUUGCCUCAGCUGUGCCGACAACCGGACCUGUGACUGGAGAGAGGUUGCUUGGCAACCCGAGGGCUGUUACCACCCCUUGCUGGACCUCCCCCAGCUGCAGGACUGCAUGAUGUAUAGGAAGGUAAUGUUCAUAGGUGACUCCACUAACCGGGGGAUGAUGUACUUCCUGAUGGAGCGGGUCAACUCUAGUCUGGAGGACUGGGGCAAGGCCCACGACAGCCUGGUCUAUCGCAACGUCAAUCAGGGACACACACACGUCUCCUACUCCUACUACCCCCAGUUCUGGCUGGAGCAGAGCCACAGACCCACCUUCCAGAGGGCCCUGGAGCAGCUCAUACUGAGAUCACGACCCCUGGAGAACUCCCGUCAGACUGUGUUGGUGGCAGGAGGUGUCCAGUGGCUCAACACCAACCACCUGAGGAUCAUGAGAGAAGUGCUGGAGAGGGAAGGGCUACAUGAUAUCAUGGUGGUGGUGAAGUCUCUGGGCAUGGGCUUCCAUCUCCCUGUGGACGGCAUCCGCUCUCUCUCACUGAGAGGAGUACAGGAGCUGUACAGAGAGAACAGCAACAUCAUCACCGCCGCAAAGCACUAUGGGUAUGAGGUCAUAGACACAUUCAGCGUCACCAUGGGCCGCUACAAAGAGUUCCUGCAGGGACAGUGCGCCUGCCAUUUUCAUGAGGUUGAAAAGCUGUCGUUCUCCAAGGCUCCCCUGCACAGGAAGAUGAAACUCCUUCGACACGGCGAGGAACCUGGGACCGGAACCAGUGGAACUGGAACCGGGUACAGGGAUCAGCCCACCCUGCAGCACCAGGACCAGUGGGCGGGGUCUAACUCCUCCACCUAUCAUGUGAGAGGAGCGGUGAACCAGGUGUACUCGCAGAUUCUGCUGAGCAGACUGUGUGUGAGAGACACAGGAAACUAGAACCAGCCCUCACCACCACAGACUGUGUGUGAGAGACACAGGAAACUAGAACCAGCCCUCACCACCACAGACUGUGUGUGCGUGCGCGUCCAUACUGUGUGUGUGUGCGUGCGCGUCCAUACCAGCGUCUCUCUAAAGAAUGAGAGGUCAUCCCAUCCACGAAGUGCUGUAGUAACAGGAGAGUCCUGACUGGUCAGUCGUGAGACAGACAUCACCACUGUCUGUCACACAGACCUCCUCUGAUUGGCCCACACACUGCCCCCCCCCCCCCCCCCCCGUCAUGUGACUGCUACCUCUGCUAGGUAGAGGUUUCCAGAUGGUCGAAGAGGGGGAUCGCUGGCCGACCGCCAAAAGACUAGGGAAGCAGCUGGAGAAAGAAAAAAGAGGAGAGCGAGAGUGACUGUCGAAGGAGUGUGUCAUGUGCACAUCCCAAAUGUAAGCCUUGCUCUCCCACCAACCGACAAUGCUCCCUCAACGCUCCAGCACAAACCCUUACAAUUGUAUAGUUUUAUAGUAGUGGAAACGUUGUUGAAAUGUUGUACAGCAUUGUUUCUCAAUCAUCACCUCGUGUACCCCCGGCAAUUCCAUGUGUUUGAUGUAUUCCAGAGCUGGCACACCUGGUUCAGAUUCAACUGGUCAACUAAUCAGGUGAGCUAGUUGAGGGCUACAACAACAUUGUGAAACGUCUGGGGGUCCCCGAGGAGAGGUUCAAGACUUUUGAUGUGUGCCUUUGAUGCCUUUAUGCAUCAGGAAAGCCUAUCUCUCGCCAUCGGAGGGACUUUUUGAUAUCCAGCUGUUCCUCCUCAUAUACAGUACCUCAUCAAUCCGCGUGUCCUGUUGACACCACAGCGUAUUCUAUUCUAUGCCAAAGAUAUGACGAAAGCUGAGCUAUUCUUCAAGUGAAUGUCUUAUGUAUGAUUUUCUUAUAGUUCUAUAUAUUUUUCUACAGAUGUUUAUUCGUUCCUAUAAUGUUGAUAAUCAGUGUAUAAUGUUUUACAUGCAGCAUAUUGUUUACAUGCUAAUGAAGGACUGGUGUAAUGUGUGCUAUGGAUUUAUACAUAUUGUCUGAUCUGUCCUCUGAUCAUUUGUAUGGAGGGAAGUGAGCUGGUGAAGAUGAAGGUAAUUGUAACACACACGAGUGGAGACUACCUGCUUAGCUCUGUUUAGUGGUCCUAUGGAACAUUGCUAGCAAACCUAAUCAUUUGAUUCAGUGAUUUUGAAGGAAAACGUAAGGGAAAAGAACAGAAAGACAUAUUUGCUUAAUGCUAAAUAUUAUCAACACUAUUCAUUUAUUUUUAAAGAACAUCUAUCUUCAAAUGGCACUAACUUCAGCUUUGUGUUUCCAGAUGGUAUAUAUAAGUUAUUCCAUUACAACAUUAAAGUAUAUAUUUUCUUAACUUAA